AUGUUUGAUGCUGAUUUUCAUCCAUGGCUUCUUGAAGUUAAUACAUCUCCUUGCAUGGGUGUAAAUGAGUCUCUAGACUAUGGCUUAAAAGCACCUUUGUUGUCUAGAACUCUUUCUAUCAUCAAUAUUCCUCAUAAUAAGCCAAAUGAAAAAAUAAUUGCACUCGAAGACAAGAUGAAUGAACUGACAGGUUCUGGAUUUGAACGAUUAUAUCCAAGUAAGUUUACUGCAAGCUUAGAUUCUUAUCUAAUUAAGCCAAAAGUCAAACAAAUUUAUGAUUUCUCCAAUUUACAACAUUUAGGUGCAUCGUUUACUCAAUCGCAAGGAAUGUCCCUUUUAUUACAUAUCAUUAAUGAAAUGGAACUGAACUUGGAUAAGCAAAUAAGAAAUGUAAACUUAAUUACAACAAGAUUAUAUAAUUUUCUUAGUGCUCAAGGCUUGAAAACUAUGAAGACUGUUUCUAGUGUUAGAGUUUCAUCUAAACAGUACUUGUCGAGAUUGAAUAAGUGGAUUUCAGAGGCAAAUGAAGAAUUUCUAAUCCCUUAUGAUAUCAGAGAGAAGAUUUUAUCCAUGAACAUGAAAGACAAGCUUACUAUAUUAAGCUCAUGCCCUAUAAAUAAGGUCAAGCACAUUGAAUAUUUGUUCAAUUGA